AUUUUCAUUUAGCAUUUUAUCAAGUUAAUAUUUACACAUUUCCUAUUUGGUACUUUUCUUAGAGAUUUUAGCAGGAUAAAUUUUAGGUAAUUUUUUGAGUCAUGCAUAAAAACAUAUAUCAGCAAGCAAAGAAUAAUAAAAAACAUAAUAUAUGCCAAGUAACAAAACCAUAUUUAAAGUUAAGUGCAAUAUUAAAAAUUGCAAAACUUCUAAAAUAAGAAGUGACAAGAUACAUGAACAUUAUAAACAUAAACAUCCUCAUGUCAAGCCAGCUGAUAUGAAAUUUACAAAGGUAGCCAUCAAAAGAGAUAAUAAUAAUUGGGUAUCUUUAAAUUGUGAUAUUCCAUAUAAUAUCACAAAUGGAGUUGAAACCCAGUUGCAAAAAAAGACAAUAACAUCUUACUUCCAAAAAAUAUCCAUUUUUACUCCCGCUGGAAUUAUGGAUAAUGAAAAAAUAGAAGGAUGGCAAAUAUCCGAAAUUUGUAAUACUUAUCAAUUGGAUGUCCAAAACAUUGUUGAUGAAUAUAAUGAUUUUCGCUCUUUAUAUUUGGAGUCUCAAUCAAUCAUUUUUUGCGAAGAUCUUUUAAAAGUUAAAAAGAAUGACGCGUUAUAUAUUGAUGAAAGUAUUGCAAACGAUCAAAUUACCAAAGAAAAUAUCAACAGCGAAAUCAUGACCAAAAUAAAAAAAUGGAUAAAAUUUUCUUUUAUAUUACCAUACCGACUUUUAAAUCAAUUAAAUUCUUAUUCAAAUUUAAAUUUAUUAUAUAAAUAUUUAUUAACCCUUCCUACAACUUCCUGUUCAGCCGAAAGAGCCAUGAGUAAAGUAAAAAUUAACAAAACUCGAAUGCGGAAUAAAAUUUCGGACCCAUUUUUGGAAAAUUUACUGUUAAUAUCCAGCGAAAUGGAUAUGAAACAGGCUUCAAUUCCCACGUCAUUUUCCACUAUGGAUGGGCACCUCUGGGUAAGAGGCCAUCCGUCAAACUCCCUCCUUCAAAGGGGAAAAACGUAUCGAUGCACCAUAGGAAUAAAUGGUAUUAAAAAACAUGAUUAUAGACGGGGCAUUUACAUCAAUAAAAUACAAAACUUACCUGGAUAA